AUGUCCCAACCUUUUUCGAGAAGUGAUACUCAUUCAAGUGAGGAUGGAACAGUUCAUUCAGAAUUGCAAUUUGCCUUUGCAGAUUGGAUCAAAUGUAUCAAUGAAACAUAUAAUAAGUUUUUAAAACGUCAAGUACCUUGUCAUGGAUACAAGUAUCAACAAUAUGAUGAUGGAAAUAUGUUUAUAAUUGAUAUGUCUAAUACAGAGCAUAGCAUUCUUGUUGCAUUAUUGGUCAUUUGCUUUAAUGUUCGCAAUGGUGAUGUUCCAGUUCUUAACUGUCCAAUACUAGUUGCUACUGGUAUUUGUAAGAGAACUACAGUUGAUGCUCAAUAUAGUGAAGUUUUGGCUAGUACAAAUUUGGAAAUUAUCUGUGACAGUCAAGAACGAAGGCUCAGACCAAUGACAGAUAGAAUUUGGACACAAGGAGCAGGAUACCAAGAAGUAGCAAGACUAUUUAUAAUUGAUGAUGCAAGCCGUACCAAAGUAGUUGCCAUGGCAGUUAGAGAGGCAUGUGAAAUUGCAUAUCUAAAAAAGACACAACAAGAUUGGGAGGCUGCUUGCCAAGCAAUUUUACAAAAUGAAUUAUUGACUAGAACAGAAAAAUCAACAAUCAUUUCAUUGUUAAAAAGCAAAACCUCUUCUUAA